AUGACAAAAAGAUAUUGGAACAUCACUUUUGAAGAGAUGAUGGAAGUUGGGGUUCAUUUUGGCCAUGAGCCUAGGAAAUGGAAUCCUCGAAUGGCACCUUUUAUAUUGGGAAAACGUAAAGGUAUUCAUAUUACAAAUCUUACUAAAACUGCUCGUUUUUUAUCAGAAGCUUGUGAUUUGGCUUUUGAUGCAGCAAGCACAGGAAAACAAUUUUUAAUUGUUGAAACGAGACUUCGUGAGUUCAGGGACUUGAGAAAGGAGCAAAAGACGGGGAAACUAAACUCUCUUCCAAAAAGAGAUGCCACUAUGUUGAAGAGACAAUUAUCUCAUUUGGAAAGAUAUUUAGGCGGUAUAAAAUAUAUGACAAGAUUACCUGAUAUUGUAAUAAUCUUUGAUCAACAAGAAGAAUAUACGGCUCUUCAAGAAUGUAUCACUUUGGGAAUUCCAACGAUUUCUUUAAUUGAUACAAAUUCUGACCCAGAUCUUGCAGAUAUUUCGAUUCCGACUAAUGAUGAUGCUAUAGCUUCCAUCAGAUUAAUUCUUAACAAAUUAGUUUUUGUAAUUUGGGCCCUUUUGCCUUGGAAAAUUAUAAAGUUACCUCAUGGAGAGUUAGUUGCACCCACAAAUGAUAUAAAUACUACUGUUGCAUUAGCUUUACUUACGUCAGUAGCCUAUUUCUAUGCGGGUAUUUCAAAAAAGGGAUUGGCCUAUUUUGGUAAAUACAUCCAACCAACGCCAAUCCUUUUACUGAUUAACAUCUUAGAAGAUUUCACAAAACCCUUAUCGCUUAGUUUUCUACUUUUUGGAAAUAUGUUAGCGGAUGAAUUAGUAGUUGUUGUUCUUGUUACGUUAGUACCUUUAGUAGUUCAUAUACCUGUUAUGUUCCUUGGAUUAUUUACAAGUGGUAUUCAAGCUCUUAUUUUCGCUACUUUAGCUGCGGCGUAUAUAGGUGAAUCCAUGGAAGGGCAUCAUUGA